GCCCGCGUGCUGCCGUGAGUUUCCGUCUGCUCAGCACCAUUUCCGAUGGAGCCCUCGCCACCUGAAAGACAGGACAUGUAGCAUAACAAACAGACAACCGAACGUGUAUUUUACCACAUGAUCCUACCUGCAAGACCCCGAGCGUCCUGAAACUGGCAUUUGGGGUUUUAUCUCCACUAGGCAGCGGGGCAGUGCGAGGGUGCGCGAGUUCAGUGUGAUGUACAGGGCGUCAUCUCGCGCGCGUGAUUUCGUCGUGAGGACUAAACAUUAGUCUGAGCGUGCAACGUCGUGUUUCUACAUGAGACAAUAUGGGUUCGAGACUUAGUCGCCAAAAUAGUCUGGACAGCGACAGUUUUUCACGGAGGCGACGACAGCACCUCGACAGCACCGGGGAGAGCGAGCGCAGCGGGCGCAGCGGGGACUUGUUUCCAUCCCUGGUGCUGAAGGCGGACAGGCUCCCGUGCGUGCUGCGCCGCACCACCCACAGCCCUUACGUCCGGCGGGUCGCCUGGAUCCGUCAGAUUCAAAAGCUGCUGCGCGAGAAGAAAACAGAGGAGGCAACAGACGUGCUCAAACUGCUGAGAAAGGACCUGGGGUUAGAGGGCUCUUCCCUGAAUGAUAUCCUGUACAAGAACGCCGCCUUCCUGAACCUGGUGGACCCCAUUUCCCAUGAACUGCUGCUUGUACUCGCCAGAGACAUGCAGUGUCCUAAGAAGGAUUCAGACACGCUGAAGUCGUCAGACAAGAUCUGCAGGCAGCUGAUUUACCACCUGACGCCGCACUCCAAGUGGCUGAGACAGAGAAGGAAGACGCAGUCAUGUGUUAAAACAACCCUUCAGAAGAAGCUGUGCAGUGACUCUCUGGAUCUCUCGGGCGUCCCCCUGUCAACACGGGACAUCCGGCACGUGGCAUACUACCUCCAGACCAGUGGUGGCUCUGUGAUAUCAGUGGAUCUCAGCUUCACUGAGCUGCGUGAUGAAGGUCUGCGCAGGCUACUUCCUCUCCUGGCUGCUCUGCCAAAGCUCACCACGCUGGCGCUCAACGGCAACCUCCUGACCAGCUCCACAGUGAAGGACCUCACAGAAGCUCUGAAAUGCCCCAGGAACUUCCCUUGUCUGGCCUGGACCGACCUGGGCAACAAUGUGGACAUCUUCACCAUGCCUCAGCCCCUCCUGGUGGCACUGAGGAGACGCUGCAGUCUGAAGAGCAGUCUGCCCACCAUCUACGAAUACACCGAAGGCCAGCCCUACUGCUACCACAUGGAGAGCUCCAUCGACGAGCCCAGCCGCUACGAGGAAGAGGAGGAGGACGACGAAGAGGAUGAGCUGGAGUUGGAGCAGUGGGGCCUCGGGGAUCAAAAGGGCCGUGGGAGUGUGACGCUACACUACUGCGCGAGGUGAACAGGGCCCUGGCUGCAGCGCUGGUCCCACUGGGAGACACACAGAGACGUGGAGGCGGAGAGACACAGAGAGACAGGUGUCUUCUUCCAGCUGCUCCUGUUCACACUCUCACUGUUCACUGCUGUUCACCUCGGUGGCUUCAUAUCACCUUCCCACAGGUGGCGUCUGCCUAGCCCAGCUGCAGGGCGGAGCACACUGUGACUGACAAGUGCCAAGCCCCGCCCCUACCCACUGCUCAGACCAUGCAGCCCUGCACAGACUGAGGGGUCACUGGAAGACACCUAAGGACGCCCAGCCACCCUCGCAAAGACACAGGAAUGAAAAAACAGAAAAAGUGAAGUCCAAUCAAAAACAAAGCAGAGUUUGUGAAAGCUGUUACACGUGUGGCUAGCAGAGAAGGUGGUGGUGUUUAGCUGAGGGGGCCGCGUGAUGUGGGACGUCACCACCACAGCUGAGUGGCACUGUGUGCUCUGCUAAAAACGCAUCAUCUCACACAGCUCUCACAAAAAACCCAUUGUCUCAUGCAGCUCUCACAAAAAAAACAUCGUCUCACAUGGCUUUCACAAUAAACACAUCGUCUCACGUGGUUCUCACAAAAAACCGCUUUGUCUUAUGUAAAACUUCUAGUUGGAGUUGUUUGUUCUCCCCCUUUCCAAAAGGUUCACGUGUGAAUGUCCGUUAAUCACUCAGCAUGUAUCUGAACAUGGAAACACUACUCAUACAAAUAAUAAUACAGAAAUCAGACAGAUGCAUAAAACACAACUACAGCACCCAGACACAUAAAACACAGACACA